CAGUCUGCAGUCUACACUCUCCAGUCUUCAGUCUACAGUCUACAAUCUUCAGUCGUCUGUGGUCUUGCUUCGCCUGCGGUUGUGUUGCUGCGUACCGCUCUACCCGAUUCAACCGAUUUCUACCUUUACCGCUUUCCCGCUCCGCUGGACCCGCUCGUCCCGCUGCUAGUUGCCAGCUGCAAAUUGGGAGUACCAACUUAGCCAAACUUCAAAGCCGCGAUGUCUUGGCUAGUCCUGCUGCUGAUCCUGUACGUGAUCUGGGAUGUCAACUACUUCAUCCGCUGUGUGUUCACCGUGUUCGCGGGUCGCCUGUUCCAGCGGAAGCGCAAGGUGACGGACACGACGACGAUCUACGGGCUGUGCACCUCGCAGGAUGUGGACAUCUUCAUCCGGCACAUGAACAAUGCCCGCUAUCUGCGGGAACUGGACUUUGCCCGCUUCCAUUUCUACGCCCUCACCGGUCUGUAUGAGCGCAUCCGGGAGCGACGAGGUGGGGCUGUCCAGGGUGCCAGUAGUGUGCGCUACCGCCGCACCAUACCCAUCUUCCAUCCGUACAAGAUCCAGACGAAGCUGGUCUGGUGGGACGACAAGGCCAUCUACUUGGAGCAGCAGUUCGUCACCCUCUCCGACGGCUUCGUGCGGGCGGUGGCCAUGUCCAAGCAGAACAUCACCAACUGCAACGUUCUCGAGGUCCUGAAGACCUAUCCGGAGACCGCCCAGCGGCCGGAGAAGCCCGAGGAGCUCAAGCUCUGGCUGGACGCCAUCGAACUCUCCAGCCAGAAGCUGCGAAAGGACAAGUGA